UUGUGAGGGCGGGGAUAGUUUUUCUCAUGCGAGUUGGAGUAUUCUGCAAUUUUCCUUCUCUUUUGUCUUUUUCCGCUGGAAUUAAACGGGACCCUGUCUUCUUCCAUCCUCACUUCGUUGUGGUGGGGUCGUUGCUUUUUGAAUGAUUGAUCAAAUUACUAAAACUUAAGAGAGCCUUUUGACACUGCGUAUUGAAGCAGCAUUUGAUGUUUGAGCCAUUGUUAAUGCUUCAUACAUCUUAAAUUCAGAACAAUGGUACACAGUGCCUACGAUUCUUUCGAGCUCCUGAGCAGAUGCCCAACGAAGAUCGAUGCAAUUGAAUCCUAUGGCUCGAAGCUUUUGGUUGGGUGUUCGGACGGUUCCCUUCGGAUCUACGGCCCAGAGUCGUCCGUCUCAGAGCGAUCAGAUUACCUCGGGCAAUCACAAGAGCUGCGAAGGGAAUGCUACUUAUUGGAGAGAACAGUGACAGGGUUUUCAAAGAAGGGCUUGUUAUCAAUGGAGGUAUUGGCAUCAAGAGAGCUCCUCUUAUCGCUCUCUGAGUCCAUCGCUUUUCACAGACUGCCUAAUUUGGAGACCUUGGCAGUCAUCACCAAAGCUAAAGGUGCCAAUGUCUAUUCAUGGGAUGAUAGGAGAGGUUUCUUAUGUUUCGCUAGGCAAAAGCGAGUCAGUAUUUUCAGACAUGAUGGGGGAAGAGGAUUUGUAGAGGUGAAGGAUUUUGGCGUUCCGGAUACGGUGAAGUCAAUGUCAUGGUGUGGUGAAAAUAUAUGUUUAGGGAUUAGAAAGGAAUAUAUGAUACUAAAUGCUACUAAUGGUGCAUUGACUGAAGUGUUUCCUUCUGGGAGACUAGCCCCUCCUUUGGUCGUCUCUCUACCUUCUGGGGAGCUUCUUCUUGGAAAGGAGAAUAUUGGGGUCUUUGUGGACCAAAACGGCAAGCUUCUUCAAGCGGAGAGGAUUUGUUGGUCAGAGGCCCCUUCUGUUGUUGUCAUUCAGAAACCAUAUGCAAUAGCGCUGCUCCCAAGACGUGUGGAGAUACGAUCUCUCCGAGUUCCAUAUCCAUUAAUUCAGACCAUUGUGCUUCAAAAUGUUCGUCAUCUUAUUCAAAGCAAUAAUUCAGUAAUUGUUGCACUAGACAAUUCUGUAUAUGGCCUCUUCCCUGUUCCUCUUGGUGCACAGAUCGUCCAGUUAACAGCAUCUGGAGAUUUCGAGGAAGCUUUGGCCUUAUGUAAGCUGCUUCCACCCGAAGAUGCCAGUCUUCGAGCAGCAAAGGAGGGUUCAAUUCAUAUAAGAUAUGCUCACUAUCUUUUUGAUAAUGGGAGCUAUGAGGAGGCUAUGGAACACUUUUUAGCAUCCCAAGUGGAUAUCACCUACGUGCUAUCUCUGUAUCCAUCCAUUGUUCUUCCCAAAACAUCUAUGGUUCCUGAACCAGAAAAGCUAAUGGAUAUUACUUCAGAUGCCCCAUAUCUCUCAAGGGGUUCAUCUGGAGUGUCAGAUGAUACAGAAUUGUCACCUCCAUUGCAGUCGAUUGAGUUUGAUGAACGUGCUGCCCUGGAAUCGAAGAAAAUGAGUCAUAAUACACUUAUGGCUCUCAUUAAGUUCUUGCAGAAGAAGAGAUACAGUAUAAUUGAGAAGGCCACCGCUGAGGGGACAGAAGAAGUUGUUUUAGAUGCUGUUGGGGAUAGUUUUGGUCCUUAUGACUCCAGUAGGUUUAAGAAAUCCAACAAGGGACGUGGUAACAUUUCCAUUAACUCAGGCGCUAGGGAAAUGGCAGCAAUAUUGGAUACAGCACUACUUCAAGCUCUUCUUCUUACUGGACAGUCUUCAGCAGCUUUAGAAUUACUCAAAGGUGUUAACUAUUGUGACCUAAAGAUAUGUGAGGAGAUUCUUCAAAAAGGAAAUCAUCAUGCUGCUUUAUUGGAACUUUACAAAUGCAACUCCAUGCACCGUGAAGCUCUUAAACUUUUGCAUCAAUUAGUUGAAGAGUCAAAAACUCAAGCUGAAAUUAUCUCAAAGUUCAAGCCUGAAUCAAUUAUAGAUUAUCUCAAGCCUCUCUGUGGGACAGACCCCAUGCUCGUCCUGGAGUUCUCAAUGCUUGUUCUAGAAAGCUGUCCAACGCAAACUAUUGAGCUUUUUUUGUCCGGGAAUAUUCCUGCAGACCUUGUUAACUCUUAUUUGAAGCAGCAUGCUCCAAGCAUGCAGGGGAGGUAUUUAGAACUCAUGCUAGCGAUGAAUGAAAAUGGGAUCUCUGGCAACUUGCAGAAUGAAAUGGUACAAAUCUAUCUAUCAGAAGUACUUGAUUGGCAUGCUGACCUGAUUGCUCAACAGAAAUGGGAUGAGAAGGAUUAUUCCCCAACAAGGAAGAAAUUAUUGUCUGCAUUGGAAAGUAUCUCAGGCUAUAACCCAGAGGCUUUGUUGAAACGUCUUCCAGCAGAUGCAUUAUAUGAAGAGCGUGCAACUUUGCUGGGGAAAAUGAACCAACAUCAGCUUGCCUUAUCUCUCUAUGUUCAUAAGCUUCAUGUUCCUGAACUGGCACUGUGCUAUUGCGAUCGGGUUUAUGAGUCUCCAGCGAAUCAAGUAUCUGCAAAAUCCUCUGCCAAUAUAUACCUCACACUUCUGCAAAUUUAUUUGAAUCCACAAAAAACGAUCAAAAACUUUGAAAAGAGAAUUAUAAAUAUAGUAUCCUCUCAGAAUAUAAGUAUUCCUAAGGUCAGCUCUGGGGCUUCAGUUAAAUCUAAAGGAGGUCGUGGAGCAAAGAAAAUUGCUGCAAUAGAGGGUGCAGAGGAUAUGCGCGUAAGUCUUGGUAGCACUGACAGUGGCAGAAGUGAUGGUGAUGCAGAUGAAUUUAGUGAGGAAGGAGGUUCUAUGAUUAUGCUUGAUGAGGUCCUUGACCUUUUGAGCAGAAGGUGGGAUAGAAUCAAUGGAGCUCAGGCCCUCAAACUUUUGCCAAAGGAAACAAAAUUGCAGAACUUGCUUCCUUUUCUUGGACCUCUCAUGAGAAAAUCCAGUGAAGCAUACAGGAAUCUCUCAGUUAUCAAGAGCUUGAGGCAGAGUGAGAACCUACAGGUGAAAGAUGAGCUGUACAACCACAGGAAGACAGUUGUGAAGAUCACCAGUGAUAGUAUGUGCUCUCUUUGUAACAAGAAAAUUGGAACGAGUGUUUUUGCUGUUUAUCCCAAUCGGAAAACACUUGUCCACUUUGUUUGCUUCAAGGAUUCUCAGAGUAUGAAAGCUGUGGUCAAGGGGUCACCACUGAGAAAGCGAUGACAAGCAGUAAAAAGGAAUUUUCUAGUCGCCCAAGGUUAAGCUGUGGAGAUGGUCGCCAAGGGUUAUGUUUGAUCCUUGUGAGAAAACAUGCUUGCUUGUUGCCACUUAUCUAUGUUAUGCUAGUUGAAAAAUGUAGUUGUUGGCAUUCCAAGAAUGAUGGGUUUAUCUGUGAUUUCUGCUGAUUCUGAAGAGGAUCACUUUAUACUGGUUUGUAGAUAGUGAUGGAUGCAAGCAGGCUUGCAUUCUGAAAAGGCUUGUGAUUCAUUUUUAAGGUUGUCUGAAAGUUGCUUCUGUUGUAAAAUCGUUAAAGGGCCAAAAAAAGAAAAAAACAGAUUAAUGUAACAGUACAGAUUUGAGAUUUCUAGUUGCGUCAAUGUAGGAUUCUUUGUUUGAUCA